GUUAGUGCAAUCACUCCUCUGGUAGCUGCCGAUGUUCCAUGGUCUGUGAGUGCAUUGGAGUUCCAUAAAGGCACGCCAGUUCUGUCAACACCUAUACUUCGAUUCCUUCAACCUUUCAUGAGUUCCUCAAUCUGUUCGACAGAGAUGAGACGUCGCCCCAUCAAUUGUCAACCAUGCCGAGUUAGAAAGAUACGCUGCUCCCGAGACGGUCGUCCUUGUCAGGCAUGCAAACACCGUGGCCUCGGUGCAGAAGACUGCAUUUAUCUUGCACAGCCACGGCUUGCACCAAAACAAUCACCCUCUCCCAGUCAUGUCUUUCAGAUGAAGCUCCUCUCUCGCAUCCAAGAUUUGGAGACCCAACUCCAGGAACAGGCAGACUCCCACGCAAGCUCCGUUCUUAACAGUGCCAUAUUCCCUCCAAUAGCACCUGAAUCCUCCGCAGCCUCGUCUUUUCUUAUUCCUGAAAGAAACUUUCUUUCAACGCGAAACAGUGCCGGAGCACUGCAUACGGCACAAUCUGGCUAUGUACGCUAUAUUUCGCUGACCGCGUGGGAGUCGAUCGUUGCGAACAGUCCUGCAACAGAGCAUUUGCAAAGCUUCAUUCUGGAUAUUGAUGUCGAGGAUGAUCCACCACUUUCCUUGAUAUGGAACGGAGAAGCCCCGCGCUCGGAGCUCCUGGGCCUACUCCCUCCGGUGUUGUACUGCGAUACUCUCAAAGACCUAUACUUCCGGGUAAUCUCACCAACGUUUCAUAUUCUUCAUGAGAUGACCUUCAAUGCCGAAUAUCAGCUGUUUUCAUCUGACCACCAGACCGCGUCACCGUCUUGGCUAGCUUUACUCUUUGCUAUACUAGCAACAUCCGUCAGCGCUAUGGAUGAUGCCGACACUCUUCUCUCUGAUCUGGGCCGCGAAAGCACUGUGAGCCGUAAUAAAAAGGUGCUUUUUGCACGUUACCGUUCCGCCGCCCUUCGGUGUCUCGCUAUGGACCGAAUAAUGACCCGUCACACCGUCAACUCCCUUCAAGCGCUAGUUCUCAUCAAUUUCGCCUGCUUACAUCGCGGCCUCUUCUGCUCGGCACUAACUGGGCUCACUUAUCAUGUUGCUAUUUCUAUGGGCUGUCACAUCCAUCCAGAGAGGUUUCUCCUCAGCCCUAUCGAAUGUGAAGAGCGCCGCCGCGUUUGGGCUGGGCUUAUGAUAGUCAAAACCGUCCAGAACAAUUUGUUUGGUAUCUUAACUUCACAAAACUGCACAAAGGACAUGAUUUUGCCCGCUGAUAUGGACGAUGCCGACCUGUUCACGACCACAAGUAUCCCUCUGUCCUCUGAUGGAUUUUUCUCGCCCUGCAACGCCCCCUUGACUCAGAUGACCUAUCUUUUCCUCGCCUGCCAUCUGAACCGUAUGUCUGAUCGUAUCUGCGAGUUUGUAUUCUCCAGCAUGCGCUCGAGGUACUGUCUCGCUACCCUUGAGGCCGAACUUGAAGCUGUCCGUGAUCACUGCGAUGCCCGCUACACCCAAGAAUACCUCCCCAUUCACCACCACGCCAAUAAAAAAACUCUUCAUGCCCAGAUUCAACAACAACUUCUACUAUUACAUCGACCAACUCUCAUUCGCUUUCUAUGUGGCGAAAAAAAUCCAGAGACAUACGCAGCCCGUGAGAAGUGCAUCGCUUCAGCCAACACAGCUCUUUCCAUCUUCUUCGACCUUGUUGGGGAUCCCCAGUUCAUCCCACAUAUGUGGUGGACCAGUGGAUUAGGCAGUUUCUACGCUUUUCAUGCCCUUGUUGUCUUAUCUGUUCUAUUGCACCACUCAAAUAGUGCGUCAGAGUUCGACAGAACUAAGGAAGUUGUCAUUAAAGGGCUUGGAAUUUUCGCAACACUCUCGGUGCGCAGCAUUUUCUGCAGCAAGGCUGUUCCUAUUUUGACAAGAAUAAUGUUCGUGUUCACAUUUUCUUCAGUACCCACAAUCCCCUCAAUUCCAACCGCAGACCCCGCCACAAACCCACAGAGAAACUUCUAUGGGACACCAAACGCCUUCUAUCUCGACAACAAACCGCUGUGA